CCGUCCACAGACGGUAACACAGCAGGAAACGAACACUCAAAGAAAUAACGGAACCACAUAGUGAGCGUAACAAACAUGACCGGACAGUUUAUAACGGCGCACUCAAGUAGCCUCCAUGACAGGUAACAGUUGACAACAAAACCAAGUUGAUGUUGGCCUCUUUGUCCACGAUGAUGUCACAUGGCUUCAAGAGCAGCAAGCAGGACUUCACAUUUGGACCAUGGAAAGUGACUGCUGCCAGGAACCACAUCAUGAAAUCCAAAGACAUUGAACGGUUAGCAGUGGAGAUGAACAUGCCCUCCCUUCCAGAGAUGCUGUUUGGGGACAACGUCCUGCGCAUCCAACACACCGAUGGCUACGGCAUCGAAUUCAACGCCAUUGAUGCCCUUAAGAGAGUCAACAACAUGGAGGAUGCUGUGAAGGUGGCCUGUGCUCAGGAAUGGCAGGAGAGCAGAGCCGAUUCUGAACACUCCAAAGAGGUGGUGAGACCUUACGACUGGACAUACACCACAGACUACAGAGGCACUCUUAUAGGAGACAGUAUGCAGAUGAAGGUGAUGAAGACAGAGGAACAUAUCGACAUGGAGAAGCUGAAGGCUCGGGAACAGAUCAUGUUCUUUGAUGAGGUGCUGCUGUUCGAGGACGAGCUGCACGACCACGGCGUCUCAAUGAUCAGCGUCAAAAUUAGGGUGAUGCCUACCAGUUUCUUCUUGUUGCUGCGUUUCUUCCUACGAGUGGACGGAGUGAUGAUUAGAAUAAAUGACACGCGACUGUAUCAUGAGGCUGGAGAGAGUUACAUGCUACGAGAGUUCAGCACGAGGGAAAGCAAAAUAGCAGAGCUGAAGAAUGUUCCUGCUGCACUGUACACGGAUCCUAAUGAGAUCGCCCAGCACCUAACGCUGAAGCUGACCGAGUGUGAGAAGCUGGAGAUUCCCGCGCUGCCGCCUCAGACAGCUGUUAACGACGCCCUCCAGUGACCACUAUAUUAAUAGGUCCACAUUGAUGUGUUGCAUGAUGAAAAAUGGGAAUAGUAGUCUUAAACCACAUCCUUAAUCUAACAGUAACAUAACAGACAUUGAUCUCCCCUUCAAAUAUCUGUACAGGAACAGUUUUUACAUGUGACCACUAUGAUGGUGUGUUCUUAAAACUUUGCAACUCUCACUCAUUUCAGUACGUUCACAGGGCGGCUUGAUGCGCUGUAAUAUCAUCUAAACUCUAACCCCAGUUAAAUACGUUGGUUUAGCUUCCGGCUCCGUUCAUAUUUGAACUAAUUUUGUUUUAUGAGACAUUUUUUUCACUGUCAAGUUGAUUGGCCUUUUAACCUAAAAGGCUUGCUAGGGUAGCUGUUUCCAUGCUUGUAAUAUUAGUAUAAUGAUGAUGUGUUUGUAAAAAAGCUACACAAAACAGCACUGUAUUUUCUGAAGUCAGUCAUCAAGAAUUUCUGUAAAUAUGUCUACUGUAUUUUCUACGGUGACUUAUGGAAGGUGAAAAAUCUUGUUUUCCAUUUGCAAGUCAAACACCUCCAGAAUCUUUGUGAAUAUGUCUUCCAUGUGGCCAAAUAAAUUCUGUUUGUGCAAAAAUA